AAAGAAAAAGAAAAAUCUGAGGCAAUGGCUACCGCACGGCUCAUGGGGACCAUCAUUUUGAUGGUCUGGUCUUCUCUGUUCAAACCAAUAUCUCGCAGCCGGUAAAUUCAAGGCUGCUUAACCAUCCAUACGCCAUCAAACAUUCAUACCCAAAGGAACAGUGAGAUAGCGCGAGAGUGUGAGACAAUCGACAAAGAUACAACAACAAGAACAAGUGAAGCGCAAGCAAAAGAGCUCUCUCAGGCUCUCAGCUGCCCUGCUUUUUUGGUUUCUCUCAACUGUGCUACUAAGCCUACUUCUCUGUUGGGUGACGGAUUAAGAACAGCUCAGGAAAGCAAAGAAUAUUAAAGAUUGGUGAAGAAGAAGAAAGUAUGGGUAUACUAUACGACGACGUAGUGAUAAUCAGACCGUCAGAGAGAGAAGGGGACCCAAGCGUGAUUACUGUGAAUUGCCCUGACAAGACCGGACUGGGUUGCGACUUGUGUCGCAUCAUUCUCUUCUUCGGGCUGAGCAUUGUCAGAGGAGAUGUAUCUACGGACGGCAAAUGGUGCUACAUAGUCUUCUGGGUGGUCGGAAAAUCGACGACGAGGUGGGCUUUGUUGAAGAAGAGGCUAGCAGGGGCCUGCCCUUCUUUUUCUUCAGCUUCUGGGAUAUCCUUUUACCGCCCUGACCCGCAGCCGCCGAAGCCUCCCGAUGUGUUCCUCUUGACGUUCUGUUGUUAUGAUCGAAGAGGGCUUUUACAUGAUGUGACGGGGGUUCUAUGUGAGCUUGAGCUUACUAUAAAGAAAGUGAAGGUAUCCACCACCCCUGAUGGGAAAGUGAUGGACCUGUUUUUCAUCACAGACACCAGGGAGCUUCUACAUACGAAGAAGAGGCAGGAGGACACAUGCAGCCGCUUAAAAGAUGUUAUGGGGGAUGCGAUUAUAAGUUGUGAUAUUGCAAUGGUCGGCCCUGAAAUUACUGCAUGUUCACAGACGUCUUCAUUUCUUCCUUCUGCAAUCACAGAGGAUACAUUUAACUUGGAAAUGCCUAAUGAACUCCCUAGUGGAAUUGUGACCUCUGACAGUGUUUCUGUCACAAUGGACAACUCAUUGAGUCCUGCUCACACACUCGUGCAAAUUGUUUGCCAGGACCACAAAGGUCUUCUUUAUGACAUAAUGAGAACUCUAAAGGAUUACAAUAUUCAGAUUUCUUAUGGGCGAUUUUCUAUAAAAGAAAGAGGAAAUUGUGAGAUUGACUUGUUCAUCGUGCAAGCUGAUGGGAAGAAGAUAGUUGACCCUAGCAAGCAGAAUGCAUUGUCAUCUCGUCUUCGGAUGGAACUAUUUCGUCCUGUCCGAGUAGCUGUUGUUGGCCGGGGUCCCGAUACGGAGCUGCUAGUUGCGAACCCCGUGGAGAUAUCUGGCAAGGGCCGGCCUCUUGUUUUCUAUGACAUCACCCUUGCUCUCAAGAUGCUAAAUACUUGCAUCUUUUCGGCUGAGAUUGGGAGGCAUAUGAUUGGAGAUAGGGAAUGGGAGGUUUACAGAGUCUUGCUUGAUGAAGGGGAUGGCUUAUCUGUUCCUAGGAACAAGAUUGCUGAAAGGGUUUGGAAGAUGUUGAUGGGUUGGGAGUGAUAUAACAAUUGCAGGAGCAAGGAUGUGUAAGCCUUCUUCGUCGCUCUUCUGCUGCCGAAUAUCUUCCUUCUUCUCCCUAGUAAGGUUUCCAUAGCCAUAGGAUGCUCAGCUGCACACAGAUCCUCUCCAGUUUUUUCGGGACAAUUUUGCCUUCCCAUUUUAAGGGACCGACUCCUAUUUGAACUAGAGAGGAUCCGAUUCCUGCUCAGCCACCCGGCGAUAGCCAAACUGUCUAAACAUUUAAUUUUAGCAUGUUUACUUUCUCUUUUAUAUAAGGUUUGGGUUGCAUGAAGAUGAUUUUUCGUUUUCAUUGGGACCAAGCCCAAGUUUUAGUCUGUAUAUAUGUAUAUAUAGAAUCUCAAAACAAGCUAGGGUAUAUAUAU